AUGGAGAAGCUGGCCCUGAGUUUGCUCUUUCUCCUGGCAGAUCUGCCUGCCCUGAACGCCAAUGACCCAGAAGAUAAAAACAGUCCCUUCUACUAUGACUGGCACAGCCUCCGGGUCGGUGGACUUAUCUGUGCAGGGGUGCUCUGCGCCCUCGGCAUCAUUGUGCUCAUGAGUGGCAAGUGCAAAUGCAAGUUCAGCCAGAAGCCCAGUCACCGUGCAGGGCAAGUCCCACCUCUCAUCAGUCCAGGAUCUGCCCACCACUGCUGA